AUAUUCAUGCAGAACUCUAUUUUUCCAUUGAGCAUGUCAUCCAUCGUUAUGUUAUUCUAGCAACCUUUGGUUUGGUGCGUUCGCGUAUCGAAUUCCGUUAAAUUAAUUUAUUGAAUAUAAUUUUAUCAUGUACAAAUUUCAUACCUUUGGGGAUAAUGCAGCUAUUACCGACACAUUAUAUUUAAUAAUUGUUUCUAUUCAGUCGUAUGUAUCCUUGAGUUUGGAGAUGUAUAUUAAAUAUAACGUACACCUACCUAUUCCAAGAGUGCCGGAGUCAAGUCAACGAACAAACUAUUUCAAACAAGUUAUGGCGAUUUCGUGAGAAAGCAGACGCCUUGAUGAGAAUAGAUUUUUAGUUAUCGCAAGUGUUGAGAACCUCAAUAGCAAAAUAGAUUUGCGGGCCUUAUUUUUCACUUCAAAAUGUCUGCUAACCAGUAUACUAUUAGAGAGAUUGUGGACUAUCAGUCUACCCAUAAUGCAAGUAGUGCCGAUGACGAAAAUGACACCGCAUCGGACGAAGAACAAGUACCCAUUAUGUACCAAUACGAAAUGGUGGGCCCAUUGGAAAGGACAGUAAAGCGACGAGGCCAUCUUCCUAAAGAAGCGGUUAAAAUUCUAAAAAAUUGGUUAUACGAACACAGAUUCAAUGCAUAUCCUACGGAAAUUGAAAAACAGAUUUUGUCACAAGAAACGAACCUGACGGUUCUUCAAAUCAGCAAUUGGUUUAUAAACGCCAGAAGGAGGUACCUUCCCGAAAUGAUGAAACGUGAAGGCUAUGAUUCUGUCCACUACACGAUCACCAGGCGACGGCGAGCGUCUUCUUCGCCCCGAAAUUCGUCAGAUGGCAACCCAUUAGUGGGAGAUGGAGUCUAUUACAAGAAACCUAAGAAGAUGAUCCGCUUCGAUCGGGUGGACGGUGAAACCGAGUUCGAAGUAGACGCCGAUGGUUUCGUAGAGGCCAAGCCACAACAAUUGACUAUGAGCACACCGGGAAGGAAGUUUAACCCUUGGAAUCCAGACGUACACUAUGGCUUAACUGUAAAUGCUGCAGAAAGAAGUCGACCAGAGACACUUCAAGUGGUACAGCCUCAACAGGUUAUGCAAACAGCUACUCCCACAGCCAGUUCGAAUAAUCCCUUCCCUUCAAAUUUAGUAGUGGUGAAAACUGCUUCAGGAAAGAACAUCGUGUUGAAGGUUAUAUCCCAAUCAACGGAGAUUCCCAAACAGUACCUACUGAAAUCGAAGAAAUCCGCCACACCCGUGGUAGCACCGCUCGUAGAAGUCGUUAAUGAAGUGCCUAUGGGAAACCAAUUGUCGUUGGAUGAACACGAAGUAAUUGCCGGUGGAGAAGAAGGAAUUAUGACAGAGGAAGAUACAGAAAUUGAAGGUGUCGAAGAAUUGGAAACGAUAGAAGGAAUAGAAGAAGAGGAAGUGGAAGAAGUGGAAGGUAUCGAUGAAUCCAUGAUUGAAGCUGAAGAUGAAGAUUUAGUUGAGACUGAUAUGGUGGCUGUUGAAGAAGGCGAGGAAAUCUACAUGCCCGAAGAAAUAGAAGAAGAGGAGGAGGAAGUUUUCGUUAAUGAGGUAACGCUUGAGGAAGAAGUGAACGAAGUGACAAUUGGAGAAAACGAAGUAUUGAUCGAUGAAGAAACAGUCGAGGAAGAACCACCCGAGGAAUACGAUACUGUGUUAAUAAAACAGGAAAUAGAAGAAGAAUAAUACUAUAUUUAGAUAAAUUGUGUUUAAAACCAUAGGCUAUAGAUUAUUGUUUAAGAUUCUCUCCCAUUCUUACGAAGUAGGUGCUAUAAACUCUCGAACGACAUGGAAAAAAUAAACAUAAUUUUUGUCCUUUUUACCUUUUCAAUACAAUGUCAAUAAACUUUUAUUUUAUAUUAUCUGCAAUGUGACCGAUUUGUAUUGGAGACACCACUGUAAAAUUAGGAUGCAUUGUUCAAUAUCGACUAAGUUCUUUUUUAUAAUGUUACAUUAACAAAUAUUAUGAUUUUUCGUAAUCGAAAAUAGAAAAGGGAACAUCCAUAAGCUAUGUUGUAAAAAAUUUGGACUUUUUAAUACCCUUCCUCUCCUUUGUCGUAAAGCGUCGCGUAGUUUACAGUUGAAACCCCCCCCCCCCCUGAUGUCGACGUCGCAAUUGCAAAUCAUGACCCCCCCACCCUUGUCAAUAUUUCUGGAGAGUAUGUUAUUUCUAUAUAUAGUCCAUCAUACUUAAAAGAUUAAAAAAAAACAAGGUUGAAUUUCGCAGGCUUUAGACCAGAAUCCUCCUGCAUAGACCAUGUUAAUACUGUGGGAGUAAGAAUGGAACAAUCGGUUGAAUGGAACACACCUUUUUGUUGAUUUCGAACAUGCCUUUGGCAGCUUAUCUCAUGCUGCUAUAUGGAAAAUUUUAGAGCUAAGAAACAUUCCGCAUAAAAUAAUUUCCAUUAUAAAGUCACUGUGCCCUGAGGCAAAAUGCAGCGUGACACACAAUGGGAUCAACAGUGACGAAUUUUACGUACUUACUGGUGUCAGACAGGGAUGCGUGCUUUCUCCGUUUCUUUUUAACAUAGCUAUAGAAUAUGUUCUCUGCAAACUAGACUCCGACACAAGAGGGAUACAAUGGAUGCAAUACUCCGACGAUAUCUGCCUAUUAGGACAAAGGUUCCAAGAUGUGCGACCAUUACUAUCAACAACAUGCAGAUUGAAAAUGUAGAAAACUUUACGUAUCUCGGAAGUGUCAUAACAGAAAACGGAGGUACAUAAGUCGAUAUCUGUAUGAGGAUAUGAAAAGCUCAACAAGCAUUCAGCAUGCUCAACCCUGUUUAGAGGUCUGGCAAGUAUUCUACAAGGACAAAGAUCCGAAUAUUCCAGUCAAAUGUCAUGUCUGUUCUACUCUACGGAUGUGAAACCUGGAAAGUGACAAAAACCCUUACAAACUGCAGGUCUUUGUUAACAAACGUCUACGAAGAAUUGUUCAUAUUUUCUGACCAAACAUCAUCAGAAACUAAGAUCUAGUACACCUGGCCCAAUAAAAGCGGGUAGAAAAUGAAAUAAAGUACAGAGACUGCCCUAGAGUGGAAUCCCCAAGGAAAAAGGGGUGGCCCUGCACAAACUUGCAGAAGAUCCAUCAUGGACGAGAUAAGAGGUCAAGGAAAGUCUUGUAAUGAGGUGAAGGCCUUAGCUCAAAAUAGAACCCCCUGUCGUAUACCGUCGUAAAAAGCAGUCCCUCUUCUCUACGACGCGACGUAGUUUAUGGAUGUUAUCUCCACAUAAUUAUAACUAAAAUUAAAAAAAAAUCUUUAAUAAUAGGGAAGUUGUUCUGCAGAAUUUUUCCUCAAAUGUUUUAUUGCAGCUAUUGGUGUCAUUAUAGUUACGCUGUGAAAACACAGAAAAUUAUCAGCCUUUACUAUAAAUUUGUUCCCACUAAAAUUUGUAACAAUGUGCCUGAAAUUUUUAAACGUCUUAAAGAAAUUACAAUCUCAAUCUGUUUCGUUUUUCACUCACUUCUACUAAGAGAAUCAAUGCCUGUAUCUAUUGGAAACUAUCCACUAUUUACUGAGACGCGUUUUGACAGAUUCAUAGUAGGAAACCUACAACACAAAAAUUCCUACCUUUCGCUAUUAACAGGUCAGAUAACCUUACUCUUUCAUUAAAAAAAGAAGAAUUAUUGGAAAUACUGUUAGUAAUAUACUAAACUCAUAACAUUUUGUGGAAUUUAUUUCUUCAAAAUAAUUUUAUUUUGUACAAUAAAUAACUUUCUAUGUUAUCAAUCUUCUUCUUUACGUGCCAUCUCCGCGACUGAGGUUGGCAAUCAUCAUUUCUAUUCUGAUCUUAGAUGCUGCUGCUCUGAAUAGGUGAUGUGCAUCCGUACCAUUCCCUCAAGUUACGCAACCAUGAGAUUCUUCUCCUUCCUACACUUUUCUUGCCCUGGAUUUUCCCCUGUAUAAUUAAAUGAAGUAUGUUGUAUCUCUCAUUACGCAUAACAUGCCCCAGGUAUUGCAGCUUUCGUGUCUUGAUGGUUUCCAAUAUUUCCAGUCUUUUGUUGGCUCUUCUCAUGACUUUGUUGUUUGUCACACGCUCGGUCCAUUAUAUCUUCAGGAUUCUUCUAUACACCCACAGUUCAAAUGCUUCCAACUUUUUAGUAGUCGACGCGUUAAGUGUCCAUGCUUCUAUCCCGUAAAGCAGAGUCGAGAAAAUAUAACACCUUGCCAGCCUAACUCUCAAGUCUAAUUUCAGUUCUCUUGCACAAAGUAUCUUUCUCAUUUUAUUGAAGUUUGUUCGUGCUUUCUCUAUUCGAACUUUGAUUUCUUUGGAGUAAUCGUUUGUGUGAUUAAUUAUUGUGCCAAGAUAGUUGUAGCAUUGUUUAUAUAGGGAUAGUUGGUCAGCCCAAUAGGAAAAUUUGUUUGAUUCAAAUUGAGACAAUCACCAGAUGUCCCCACAAUUUCUGUCAGGGUCGCAACGUCAAAAUGCAAUAGACACCAAGUUGGAUACCAUUAACACCCCAACUCGCAUACAUAUUAAGAAAAAUAAAUAUGUAUGGAAGAAUAUAUUUAGAAAUUGAAUUAAUGAUGUCAUGCUAUUAUAUAUAUAAUGUAUAGUAGCAUGACAUCAUUAAUUCAAUUUCUAAAUAUACUCUUCUAUAUAUUUAUUUUUCUUAAUGUGUAUGCGAGUUGGGGUGUUAUGAAUAGGAUCGUUCCAACUUGGUGUCUAUGCAUUUUGACGUUGCGACCCUGACAGAAAUUGUGAGGACAUCCGGUGACUGUCUCAAUUUGAAUCAAACAUAUUUACCUAUUGGGCUGACCAACUAUCUCCCUACAGUGGUAGUAGUUUUCAACUUGUUCUAAAGUUUUACCUUUAAUUGUCAGGCUUUCAUCAUUAUUUUGGGUUUUUGGUAUCCUCAUAAAUUUAGUUUUCUUGAUGUUUAUUGAUAAUCCAUAUUCUUCUCCAUACUCAACUAUCUUGUUCAUUAGCUUUUGGAGGUCUUGAAUGUUGUCUGCUAUUAUGAUUGUUAAUUGUAAAUUGGCGUUCCAUUUACCUUUAUUCCUGCUGUUUCUCCCUCAAGAGUUCUUUUCAUAAUUUCUUCAGAGUAUGCAUUGAAUAGUAGUGGUGACAAUACGCACCCCUGUCGCACUCCUCUUUUAAUUUCGAACUCUUCUGAUGUGUGUCCAUUAAUGCGUAUGUGUGCCUGUUUAUAAUAUAGAUUUGUUAUAAUUCGAAGGUCAUUGUAUUGUAAUUGUUUUGCUUUGAGGACGUCCAUUAGCUGUUUGUGGCGGACUUUAUCGAAAGCCUUGUUGUAAUCUAUGAAACAGAACGUACAUCCUGGUUCACAUGUUAUCAAUACAUUAUAUUUAUUAUGGUGUAAAUAAAUAAUUAUUGAUUGGCAUAAUAUUUAUGUUAUUUACGUUUGUUUACUCAUAUUAUUGGCCAUGAGUAUGUGUGCUUGGUUGUAUAGUAAUUUCCGGCCACGUCUAGUCUGUCAAAAUGUUACUAACUUCACACUAAAAAACAAUCACAAAAAUUACUAGACAGUUGUGUCUCAGAUUAGCGAACCUAUAUACAUGUAUAUAUGUUUUCUGUGAAACACAGACUUUUGUAUUUCAAGUUUCAAGUAUUUAUGUUUGAGUAUAACUUUCAAGUCGUCGAAAAAAUACUCUCACAAGAUUGGGGUAACACGUUUCUCGAUCACAUUUCUGGAACAUUCGUUCUUCAAAAUAAUCGUAGUUUCAUCCACUCUUUCAGGAUAGUAAAGAUUAAUCCCCAAAAAAAUUUCCUAAAGUUUAAUAAUACGCUCGCUACGUAAACUUUCUUUGUUUGAAACAUCACUGUGGAUCACUUUUCUGUGAAUUCCCAACUGUUGAAUGGCUAAAAUUUUGCACAAAGAUGCUAGAAUACGUUUCUAUCGUAAACUGACCAUGCUGAGUAUUUUAUGACAUCUUCUUCGUAAGUAGUUGACAGAGUGUGACUUAAAGCAAAUCAGUGAUUUUGACACACUCCAAUAGUAUUUAUUUAUUUGAGAUCGGUAUGGUAGUACUUUGUUGUUAAUUACUUUAAUAAACAAAAAGACAAAGAUACAUAAUCAUCGAGAAUGUAACUUUUAUUAUUUAAUUUGAGACUAAAUUAGAAAUAAAUUUUUUUAGUUUUAUUCACAAGUUUUAAAGAAUUUAGAUUUACAUUUUGUAUUAGAUGUUUUCAAUCAAUACCCCACGUGGUUUUCAAGUUAAUAUUUAAUGUUGUAGAUUCAAAUCUUUAACAUCCGACUGACAAGAUCACAUCUGGUUCGCCCAUCUCUAUUAAGGCGGAAAUACACCAUUUAAUUCGGUUGAACAAUGUGGAUGAUUCAAUUACAUUGUUCAACCAAAUUGAAAGGCAUACAUAUACACGCUUCAAUUUAUUCUUCAUUCAAUUCGGUUGAACAAUGUGGAUGAUACAAUUACAUUGUUGUUGGUAGUUCUGCCAUAUAGAUCUUGUUCGAAUACUUUUUAUUUUUAAUUUUUAUUGUCAUUUUCCGAAAGUUCCGCAAUAUUUAAUCCCGAUAAAAGGGGUCUUUAUUGCCUUCUCUCUCAAUACACUGUUUUUUUUAUAAUUUUCUGAUUUGUUAUUCCAGAGGCACUCGUGAUUUUUAUAUAAGUCGAGAAAUAUCGGAGUCUCUUCGUCUUUUCAUCUAUGCACCAUUGUUAUGUCGAUUCGCUAAUCUGAGACACAACUGUCUACACUACUGUCACAAUAAAAAUGCAUUAUAUAGAUAUAAACAAACCAAGACACGUUGAAUGUUCGAGGAGCACUCCCAAAUCAUAGUCCUCGUGCUUGUUUAUUUCUAGUGCAUCUUUAUUGUAAUUGUAGUGUAGACAGUUGUGUCUCAGAUUAGCGAAUCGACAUAUAUGAAAUUAUUACGAAUUUCUUGUAAUAAAGUACGAAAAUCACACAGCACAAGUCAAAAUAAAAUAAACGGUUGAAUCAAACACAUUCGACAAACUUGUAUAGACGCGUCGCGUCAAUGUGGAUGAAUCAUCCCCGUUGUUCAACGAAGUUGAACGAAAGUAGAAAUUGUCUCAACUUCUUUCAACGUUCAAUUUUGUUCAACGCUUUUAUUGAAUUGCAAAAUACAUGAUUCAUUUUGGUUGAAUCAUCCACAUUGUUCAACCGAAUUUUAGUUAUCUAAUUACAAAAGUUAAUGUCCGCUUCAUUGGUCCCGUGUGUAAUAAUUAUGAGAUUCGGAUCAGUAAAUUUAUCCAACUAAGCCGUAUCAUAUCCGGUUACUUUUUCUCUUUUGUAUUUAGUCCAUUUCGAUUUCUCAAUUUGUUUCGAAACAUUAAUAAAUUGUAAACAUCUACUAAAAUUUUAAUGGGCUUUAAAAAUGUAUCCCAAUUCAACUAACACCUUGGCUACCGUGUGAGAUGCCGGCAUCUCACACAAGAUAUGACUAGUACCGUGUGAGACGCCGGCUUCCAUCGUUAUUAAAUGAUUUAAAAUACUAUAAAACAGCCUAGGAUAAAACGAGGGGUUUUAGUUUCUCGUAUUGGUUCCUAAAUAAGGUAGUGAAAUCAUAGUUACCAUGGUUUUCGAAAAAGUUUAAUAUAACGUGCAUAUCGUCGCCUUAGUACUAGUAACUUGAUAACUCCAAAAUUUACGUUUUUGACAUAACUAGUUCACAAAAUGUAUUUUAUUGUGUAAAAACUUGAUAACUCGCUCCAAACUAGUUAAGUAUUUAUUUAUGAUUGACGAAAGUUGAUAAAACUCAAAUGCCCCUAAUAUUCACUGCUAAAACUUGACAAGAUGAGUUAUGAAGUUAUUAUUUAAUCGAAAUAAUCGCGAAUACGACAUACAUUGAAUACUACAACUAGCUAACUUUAGUUAUCUAGUUGUAGCACGUGUUUUUCUGAAACCAUUGAGCUUACGACGUAAUUGGUAUUUGUUGAUUCGGUUCAUGUUAUUGCAAAAAUUCGAGAAUUGUCAGCAGAUCUAGCGACCUCCAUGGCGGAGGACUAAUUUUCACCAAAAUAAUGCUUAAAAUAUUAGUUUUGUUAAAAAGUUCAGUUAGAUACAACUUGACACGACAUGCGACAUUACCAAAUAUUAACAUUAUGGUAGUGCUAAAAGUUGAUAAAUUUACAAAUCCACGAGGAAAAUUUUCCUGUAGUUGGCUGUAUACCAUUACAAAAACAUAAAAUCCUUUUUAAAAGGUAUAUUUGUUAAAAUCCCUAUACAGGGCUACAUCAAAGAUAUAACUAGUUUUCGAUCGGUUGACCGAUCGUCAUCAGUGUAAUCUUAGAAUCUACAUGCUAACCACCAAAGUAAAAAUAUUUGGGUAAAAACCCUUUACAAUUGAUCCGUCAUAGGAACAUAAGAAGAUGUGAUUGGAUAUUUCAUGCAUCCAUGUUAUAAAUCACAUCUUCUUCAUAUGUUCCUAUGACGGAUCAAUUGUAAAGGGUUUCUACCCAAAUAUUUCUACUUUGGUGGUUAGCAUGUAGAUUCUAAGAUUACACUGAUGGUGAUCUAUCAACCGAUCGAAUACUAGUUAUAUCUUUGAUGUAGCCCUGUAUAGGGAUUUUAACAAAUAUACCUUUUAGCGAACGGCUCCACGGGCGAGAAAUUGACGCUAGCAGUAGCCGUAAAACUAACUUAAGGUUCCGCGGAACGGAAUAGGAAUAGCCGAACUGUACCGACUACAGGACUUGUGCGUAGUCGGUUCAGUUCGGCUAUUCCCAUUCCGUUCCGCGGAACCUUAACUUCAUUUUACUGCUACUGCUAGCGUCAAUUUCUCGCCCGUGGAGCCGUAGGCUUAUAAAGGAUUUUAUGGUUUUGAUAAAUUUACUUUCUCAUGUCAUUUUCCAUAUUGGAAAACAAAUUUGCAUUGUAUUCCUAAAUAGAUCAGUAGACAAAAAGUUAAGGAACAGUAUUUUAGAGCGGCAGAGUGAAUUCCGUAUUUACCAACAUCAUGGUAGCAGCACAAAUAUAUUUAAAAUCUUUAAACCCGUUUAUUUCAGAACUACUAAUUUCGAGUUAUCAAGUUAUAGUAUUAAGGCGACGAAGAUAUUGAAACUAAAAUGUGAUGAUAAAAUGAUACACAAUAUUUGGUACAAAAUUCCAAGUUAUUAGUUUUAAGUGAUAGGUAGCCAAGGUGCUAAUUCGAUGUCUGAAAAAACAAAACAGUUUUACCUUAACUUAAAACAUUUUAUAAAUGUUUGGGAGAGGCUUCUAUGUACAGAAACAUAUGUAGUCGUUAGCGUCAAUAUUAUAGUAGGAAUUAUUUGUUAAAAGAGGGUAGGCAUAAGAGUUUUUUUAUUUAUUAUAUUGUUCCUCCUAUUGACACAGAUUUUUGUUAGCAACUUACAAAAUAAAAUAAUUCGCUUAUCA